AAGACUGUCAGAAACAGAAAAUGGCUGAUAAGUGUGAUCUGUGUCUGCUGGGACUGAUCGUUCUCUCUUCACUUCUCACAGGUACCAGUGGGGUGACUGAUCCUCAUGUGUUCAUCAGUUCUGGUGAAAAUGUCCGUCUGCCCUGUAAUAAUGCUCUUUCCAACUGCGAAUCAACUACAUGGAUCUAUAACAGAUUCAGACAUUCAGCAGCAGUUGAACUGAUUGGUUUAGGGAUAAAGAAGAAAGACACAGAGAGACAUGAGAGACUGAGCCUGGGGUCUGACUGCUCUCUGAACAUCAAGAACGUCACAGAAGAUGAUUAUGGAUUUUACACCUGCCGACAAUUUGUGAAUGACAAACAACAAGGAACUGAUGCACGUGUUUUUCUGCCUGUUCUUCAUGUUUCAGUCUCUCCAUCAUCAUCUUCACAGACUGAGAUCAGUCCAGGCUGCCCUGUGACUCUCUCCUGUCAGUUGUAUUCUAGAUUAUCCUGUGAUUAUUUGGUCCGUACUGAAGGACUUCAGCUGUUGUGGGUGAAUCAGGCUGGUGUUGAUCUGAAGACAGACUCCAGAUAUAAGAUAUUAUUCUCAUCAUAUCACUGUAACAUCAGUCUGACUACAACACUUCUGAAUGAAGAUGACAACAGAGAGUGGAGAUGUCAGCUUACUCUCAGAAAUCAACUCAAAACCUCAGUCAGAUACACUGUCAAGUAUUCAGGUCUCUGUUAGAUGGGCCAAUAUAAUGAUAGAUAUUGCUAGAGUUAUCUUGUGUAAAGAUGAUUCAAUGACAGGGGUAAUUCCAGUCCAUCAAUGCUUUAAAGUGGCUCUCAGAUAGUGUUUUCUUCUAAAAUCAGUCCCUAGAUAUAACUGAUUGCUCUCUGAUCAAUGCAGGAUGUGAAUCAAAGAAAUAGGCCUAAUUAUAUAGGUUCACAAAUAAAUAUUAAUGCGUGUAUUAUAUAUUAAUUUAAAAAGCAAAGUUUAAUAUUACUUGUCAAUUAAUAUAAUUAUAUGAAUAUAUUAUAUGAAUUAAAAGUAAUUAUAAUUGGUGACACUUUACAACAUAAGAUACAUAACAUAACAUUAGUUAACUACAUUAGUUAACAUGAACUAAUAAUGAACUGCACUUAUACAACAUCUAUUAAUCUUUGUUAAUGUUAAUUUCAUCAUUUACUAAUACAUUAUUAAAAUCUUGUUAACAUUAGUUAAUGCACUGUGAACUAACAUUAACAAACACUGAAGAACCAUAUUUUCAUUAACUAACAUUAACGAAGAUUAGUAAAUACAGUAACAAAUGUAUUGCUCAUGGUUAGUUCAUGUUAGUUAAUACAUUAACUAAUGUUUAACUAAUGAACCUUAUUGUAAAGUGUUACCUUAUAAUUCAUAUCAUAAAAAUAUAAUAAAGAAUUAGCAGCAAAAUUUGCAAUUUUGUCUCUAAUUUAUUUAUUAAUUUUCACUGCUAGAGGCCGCUAGAAACCUAUUCAAAACAAAGGCGUAGCUUGAUGACGCCAAGUUUUAGAGCGGAAUCUUGGGACAUGUGGUCUCCACCUCAAUGGACGGUGGAAAAGAAUCGGGAUAGGACUCGGGAAGGAAUGGAUGCGAUUAUUAACGUUACUGUUGUAUGAAGCAGAGCAGGAGCGAGUGUUGUGGGAGCUGAACGAGGCCGCUGGAGCGAUUGCGCAACACAUGCUUCACGAGCAGCGGAACUUUUAUUAUGACACAGUCGCCAGCGCCGCUUCCGCUUUUCCGGUCACGAGUAUGAGGUAACACAGCUCUGUUUAUCAUAUUAGAUACAUUUGAGUGUGUUGAAAAUGAUGUUAUAACGUUACUCUGUGCGUUCGCUCGGCGGCUGCUGUGAGACACUGUUACACACUGCAGUAAGAUCUAUUUUAGAAUGUCAUAUUAAAUAUUGGAUGGCUUAUUGUGUUGAUAAAUGGCAUGCAAUUCAUUUUAAAACGUAUUGUAUGAUGGAGAAAAUUAUGUAUUACUGUUAAUAAAAAUAAAGCUGCAUCUGAUUAUACUAUGUUAGCUACUUGACAAAAUAGUGUUUUUCUCUGAAGCAUGGUAAAGCAUGGUACUCGCAAAAAAUCAAGAAAAUUAUUUAAACAAUAAGACUAAACAUGUUGAGCUAUAUAAAAACAUUCGUUUUCUUUCUCAAAACAGAUGUUCCCUUGUCUAUUAAAAUGUGUAAUAUAUUAAAGCGUCUUUGGUGUUUCCAUGGUUUCUCGGAAACCGAGGGUAACGCGGGUAUUGCGCAAUUGACA